AUGUCUCAACAACCCUUGGUGGAUGUUGGGUGCGACGUUACCCAAACCGCCCAUCGAAAGUUCACCUGCAUCUAUGCCGAGCGAGAUGCGCAUUCGCCGUCUGAUGACAGACCGGCAAAGAAGCGAGCGCUCAACGACGGUGACCAUGAUAAUCAAGGGGGAACUGACCUUUCGGCGUCAAACACCCCUACAAAUGGUCUGCCGGCGCAUUCACCCCUCCCGCGCCGGUCCCAAGGACCUUCGUUGGCCCAUCAGCACUCCAACUUCUCUGCACCUGAGUCCAGAUCGAAUCCUUUGAGCGUCAAACAUGAGGAGAACUCGUUCCAACCCCCGGAUGAGAGGCCGACUGUGGAGGCCGCAGCCAGAUCACUGCAGCAAUUUGCUACUGGUCAGCCGGCAGAAGAACAGCAAACACUAAUGUCACGUGAGACAACUGUGCAGAGUGGACAGGAUGAAGAAGCCGUUGUCUACACACAGAGCAGGAUGCUGCAAGACCCUACCGGCAGAUUGCUAUAUGUUGGUGACUCCGCGACGCUCUCGUUCCUGCAAUUGCUCCGGAUGAUGGUAGAGAAUGUCGCUGGCACAUCACCAUUUACCAACGACCCUCGCCGUCACAAGAUUGUCGAAGGCCAAUUCUCGCUUCCAGCCGGUGCUCGGCACACGCAUCUCCUCCCCGAUAAGAGAACCGCCCGAGUCCUUGUCGACGCGUUCUUCAUCAACACCCAUGGAUUUCUCCAAGUCUUUGACCGCCAGAAGUUCCUGGAAGACCUUGAAAGAUGCUAUUCUGACCCUCUUUCUACGGAGCCUUCGUGGCUUUGCCUGUUGAAUUUGGUGUUCGCAAUCGGGCUCACAAUGGCCACACCUCUUUCUGGAAGCGACGAAGCACUUGUUAUAGAGAAAUUGAGGAGCGAGCACCUAGACAGAGCCGAGGUCUUCUACCUGAACGCAAAGAGUUUAAAUGAUCCUCUUACAGGAUUUGAAGAGGAGGACUUCUGGUCUAUUCAAGCGCUGCUCCUCAUGUCUGUAUACAUGCUUGCCAAGUCAAAGCGCAAUACCGCAUUCGCCCUAUUAGGCAUGGCAGCCCGAUCUGCCCACGCUCUUGGUCUCCAUAGGGAAGAAACAAUGGUGAUAUUUAGCCAAGAGGAGCAAUUGCAGCGCAAGAACUUAUGGCGCUCGAUAUUUGUUGUCGAUCGCCUCUUAUCCUGUUCGCUGGGCCGUCCGACAGCAAUCUCAGAAGACGAUUGUUCUGGCGACACACUUCGGCCUGCUGACCCGCCUCUAGAGGCUCCGUUCAAUGCCAAUUUCCCCCCAAAGGCAACUUUCAAUGAGACCGGAGAUUGCGCACUGGAAGCUGCAGUCAGGAGUUGUUCUGUCAUUGGCUUGAUCCUCAGAAAGGUCUACCAACAGCGCAAGAUCAGCACUAGGCUCGCGCAAGAAAUUGCUGAUAUCUGCAAGACAUGGCCUCGCGCUUUACCUUCGAUCCUCCACUGGCGCCAGGCUGCUAAUGCCAGUCCUAGUCAAGGAGUUGCUAUUCUGCAUGUAAACCUCUUCUACUGUCAUUCCAUCAUUUUGCUCACAAGGCCCUUCUUCCUCUACAUCUUAAAUCUCGAAACUCAACGACAAGCCAACCAAGCGACAACUGGACAUAAAGGGCAAAGGCCAUUCUCCCGUAUGGAGAAGUUUAGUGAAGCGUGUGUCAUCGCAUCCACCCACACCAUCCUUCUGGCUCAAAAUGCCUUUGAUGCUGGAUAUCUUUCACGCCGUAAUCCUGCCGUCAUCUACUUUCUCUUCGCUGCCGCGCUUGUCAUUCUGUCGAAUGAGUUUGCGGCCCUGUAUCGAGUCGACGCAUCAGAUACUUGCAUUCUCAAUUCCAUCAAUAUCAUGAGCUAUUGCGCUGAAAGUGAUCAGCAAGCGAGCCGUCUGGUGUAUAUCUUGACUGCUUUCCGCGACGUCGUUGCCGCACAGCGAUUGAGACGGAAACAAAAUCAGCCAGAGGUCAUCAAUCUUCCAAGUAUAUCAUCCCAGCUUUACGGCGUCCCAAUCUCAAAUCAACACCAGACUCCAAACAGCAUGGGAUCGGACCAGCUAAACGCAACACCUCGCCUUCACCAAGUCCCAGUCCACAUUUACCCUGGGAUGCAAACAACUCCAUUACCGAACGAUAUGGGCCAUAAUUACCAAUCCGAGUCUCAGCCAACGCCGUCCGUUUCCAUCUCCCACCUCUCGCCUGUCCAUAAUCCCCCGGCGACAACAACCCCCUCCGAACAAUUCACCCUGAAUCCUCUUUCGAAACCUCCGCCACUCUCAAACGUCCUCGACCUCUCUGCGCUCGAUGCGGCUAGGGCGCCGAGUAUGUACUCUGAAGAAGGCAGUGGACCAGACGAACAUAUUGAUUUUGACGCGCUGUGGGCUUGGCCGAGUAAUACCCCAGCGCUGGGCACUCCCCGAGUACAAGGAGAAGCAGAUAUGAAUAAUGGAGUCUUUGAUAGAGUCCAGGGCGUGAGUGAUAGUUCAGUGCCGCUUUUUGGAGUUGUGAGAAAUGAGGGUAUGGAAUAACUAUCGCUGGAACGAUCUACGAAAUGGCGCAUUGAACGGAAAUUAAUAGGUCUCAGAAGUGUCUGCUGGAUAGCGUUCUGUGUAUGAAUAAUGGUGUCUUCCUUUGUAUAUACAGAUACACUGGGUCUAUAAUACUUUCACAAGACC